UGUGUGUGUGUGUGUCAAAUAAAUAAAUAAAAUCUUUAAAAAAAAAAAAAAGAUAUUCUGGGGCCCCGGCGGAGGUCGGGGGAGGGCAGCCUUUUCGGAGCAAUGCAGGAACUGCCCAGCCCCCCCCCACACACACACUGGAUUGUAGGAGGGCCAAGGGGAGCGGCAGGGAGGGAGGCUGGAGAGGCCCAUGGGUAGGCAGCUGGGCUGGGCCGCCCCUCUGACUUGAGAGGAUCCAUAGCCCUUGUGGAAAGACCAGGGGCUACCGUCAGGCUGGGCCCUGUAGAACUCUGCCCACAGCCUCUCCCAGUUGCCAGGGAGCAUCUGGGGGAAACGGAGGCACUGCUCACCUAAGCCAGGAGGAGCCAUGUUGUUUAUUGGGUGAGAGCUGUGUCGGACAGCAGUGACCUAUAAACGAACUGAGUCCCAGAACUGUCCUGCAGACUCGGGACAGGACCCCACUUGGAGGCCCCAGAGAGGGCAGCUAGCUGCACAGGGAAGGGGUGGCAGCCUGCAGGGGAAGGGUCCCUAGGAGAAGGUGCCCGUGCCUUGGAGGCCAGGCGACCGGCGACGGCCCAGUCUGGUGCUGGCUUGCUGCAAAGAUGGUCUAGAAGCCAGGGACCGGGCCUCAGACAGACUGAGGUGGAUGAAACAGAAGGGGGCUCUACUGAGCACCAGGCAUUUUACAGAUGUGCUCUUCCUCCGGCUGCCCUGGGAGGUAGGCUCUCUCCCCAGACCCAGAGGAAGAACCCGAGUGAGGGUGCUCAAGGUCACCCAGCCAGCGCCAGGACUCAAGUGCAGAGCGCUUCUAGCGCCCUGCCCUGAGCCACUAACCUCGGCUCUCAGAGGGGCUGGCGGAGUCCACAGGAUUGCCGGAGGGGGCCUGGGACUACUCUAGAAGGGCGAGGCUCAUCGCAGGAUCCCGUGGAAUCCAGAGGCAAAGAAACCUGAGUCGGAGAGCAGUGCCGUCUCCACCAGGGGGCAGGCCCAAGCCAGGGGCAGGGGAGCCAGGGGCAUACGUAAGAAUAUAGACCCCAGGAGCAGUGUGUGUCUCCUUCCAGGGGCCAAGAAAGGAGGCAGAAGGGCCUGAGCGCAGACUCUGACCAGCCUGGUCUCCGAGAGCACCUGCGCAAGCAGCCCUCCUCUCUCCCUGCUCUGCCUCACCUGCCCCUCCCUCUUGCUGUCCUUCUGCGGAUAUUUCCUAAGCUCCUACUGUGUGCCAGACUGUGGGAGGAGGGCCUCACAGUCUGGUGGGAGACACAGACUGAAAGGAACCAGCAGCUCAUUAUGGAGAGAUGCUGGGCACCAUGGGAGCCGGGAGAGGGAUUGAGGGGUCAGGACAGGCGUCCUACGGGUGGGCAGAGGGUCGGCAGAACCUGGCAGCACAGGGCAGCGGCAGACUCCGCCCGCACUGCUCCCCACUCCCCACUCCCCUGCAGCCUCCCGCAGUGCAGCUACCUCCUGGCACCCUCCACGGCUAAUUAAGAAAGAAAGAGGCAGGCUCCCUUCCAGACACCAGAAUUCUAGCACCCUCUGCCCAGGCCAGCCAGGAGACAGGGAAUGGAGAGACUUCGGCUUGGGACAAGGCCCUGUCCUCCAGGGCCAGGGAGGGGCUUUUCCUGGAGUGCUCCCUCUUGCACUACAGAGGAAAGGGGGGACAGGGGUGGAGAAGGGAGCCCCUCAUCCUUUCCCCAGGAGGUGCCCUCCCACUUCCCUCUCUACUCUUCUCCAGCCAUCCCCCCCCACCCCUACCUACUCUCAGAAAUCAGCUUCUGGCUCCAGAGCCAUGGAUAUAGAAAGGGCGAGCAGUGAUAUCCUGGACCCCAGUCUGGGCUUCCCAUGUUCCAGCUGCGGGCCUUGGUCUGACCCCACAGCUCCACUGAGCUUGAGCUCUGGGUCUGUGAAGGACCCACCUCUCUGCUAAUGGUUGGGAGCCAGCUAGAAAUCCUGGCCCAGAGCAGGCCCUCAGGAAAGUCACACCUACCUUCUGAGACUCUGCCUUAGGUCAUCCUUCCAGAGGCAUCAAUGGGAGCAGAAGGGACUCAGCCUCACCAAAGAGAGGUGCUCAGUGGAAUAAUGGUUUUCAGGGUCUUACCAUGGUGACCCAAGGGCAAAGUAAAUGCACGGUUUUGCAUCACGUUCCUGACUGUGCCCAAGUGUGGAUGUGUGCAUGCAAAUCAGAGCUAAACUUUCGCAAAACAGCACUCUGUCCAGCUGCAUUCAGUGUUAUUUUCUAUAGUAUUUCAUUUUUUUCAAAUGCAGAUUGUGACUCACUUUAAAAAUUGUUUCCGUGCUCCGCUGCAUGGGCUGAGAUCGACAUUGCACACCGUAGAACGCCUCCAAGCCCUACAGGGAGCGUGUGCCCUGCACAGGACUCUGAGAACACAAGAACCAGUAACAAAGCGCCCUGGCCUCCAGGAGCUCACAGCCUGACUGGGAAGUCAGACUGCUGGAUUCACCAGCUUUGCCAAGGAUCUGAGCUUAAUAGGGAAUGUAAGGGACCAUUCCACACUUCAUACGAAAUCAAGAGCAGCUGCCUGGAGGAGGGCUGCUGUGAUGGGGCGUGGCGAUGAAUGAGCCAGCCCAGCCCCAGCCGACAAGGAUGGAGAGCCAUACCCGGGAGGGUAAGAAGCAAUGCCCACCCAUCCCCACGUAGAAUGACUGUCCUGGGAGGACCCUCAGCCUGCGCACUGGCAAGAGUGGAAGGACUCCAGACUCUUCUCGUGGAUGGUCCCCUACCCUGCGGCUCCAUCAUGAGGCUCCUUGUGGCCCCCCUCGUGCUGGCCUGGGUGGCUGGUGCCACAGCCGCCGUGCCCGUGGUACCCUGGCGCGUGCCCUGCCCCCCUCAAUGCACCUGCCAGAUCCGGCCCUGGUACACACCCCGAUCGUCCUACCGCGAGGCCAACACCGUGGACUGCAACGACCUGUUCCUAACAGCCGUGCCGCCCGGGCUGCCCGUGGGCACUCAGACCUUGCUUCUGCAGAGCAACAGCAUCGUCCGUGUGGACCAGAGUGAGCUCAGCUAUCUGGUCAACCUCACAGAGCUGGACCUGUCCCAGAACAGCUUUGCGGACGCCCGAGACUGUGACUUCCGGGCACUGCCCCAGCUGCUGAGCCUGCACCUGGAGGAGAACCAGCUGACCCGGCUGGAGGACCAGAGCUUCUCGGGGCUGACCGGCCUCCAGGAGCUCUAUCUCAACCACAACCAGCUCUACCGCAUCGCCCCCAGGGCCUUUGCCGGCCUCAGCAACCUGCUGCGGCUGCACCUCAACUCCAACCUGCUGAGGGCCAUCGACAGCCGCUGGUUCGAGAUGCUGCCCAACCUGGAGAUCCUCAUGAUCGGGGGCAACAAGGUAGAUGCCAUCCUGGACAUGAACUUCCGGCCGCUGGCCAAUUUGCGCAGCCUGGUGCUAGCAGGCAUGAACCUUCGGGAGAUCUCCGACUACGCCCUGGAGGGCUUGCAAAGCUUGGAGAGCCUCUCCUUCUAUGACAACCAGCUGGCCCAGGUGCCCCGGCGGGCCCUGGAGCAGGUGCCUGGGCUCAAAUUCCUGGACCUGAACAAGAAUCCACUGCAGCGGGUGGGGCCCGGGGACUUCGCCAACAUGCUGCACCUCAAGGAGCUAGGGCUGAACAACAUGGAGGAGCUGGUUUCCAUCGACAAGUUCGCUCUGGUCAACCUCCCCGAGCUGACCAAGCUGGACAUCACCAACAACCCCCGGCUGUGCUUCAUCCACCCCCACGCCUUCCACCACCUGCCCCAGAUGGAGACCCUCAUGCUCAACAACAAUGCUCUCAGUGCCUUGCACCAGCAGACGGUGGAGUCCCUGCCCAACCUGCAGGAGGUGGGUCUCCAUGGCAACCCCAUCCGAUGUGAUUGCGUCAUCCGCUGGGCCAACGCCACGGGCACCCGGGUCCGCUUCAUCGAGCCACAGUCCACCCUGUGCGCCGAGCCGCCAGACCUCCAGCGCCGCCCCGUCCGCGAGGUGCCCUUCCGGGAGAUGACGGACCACUGCCUGCCCCUCAUCUCCCCCCGCAGCUUCCCCCCCAGCCUCCAGGUGGCCAGUGGAGACAGCUUGCUGCUGCACUGCCGGGCGCUGGCCGAACCGGAACCCGAGAUCUACUGGGUCACUCCGGCUGGGGUCCGACUGACGGCUGCCCGCGCGGGCAGGAAGUACCGGGUAUACCCCGAGGGGACCCUCGAGCUGCGGAGGGUGACGGCAGACGAGGCGGGGCUGUACACGUGUGUGGCCCAGAACCUGGUGGGGACUGACAGUAAGACGGUUAGUGUGGUGGUUGGCCGGGCUCCCCUGCAUCCAGGCCAGGACGAGGGAUGGGGGCUGGAGCUCCGGGUGCGGGAGACCCACCCUUAUCGCAUCCUGCUGUCUUGGGUCCCCCCACCCAACACAGUCUCUACCAACCUCACCUGGUCCAGCGCCUCCUCCCCUUGGGGCCAGGGCUCCCCUGCUCUGGCCCGCCUGCCACGGGGCACUCACAGCUUCAACAUCACCCGCCUCCUUCAGGCCACGGAGUACUGGGCCUGCCUGCAAGUGGCCUUUGCUGAUGCCCACACCCAGUUGGCAUGCGUAUGGACCAGGACUAAGGAGGCCACUCCUUGCCACAGAGCCUUAGGGGACCGGCCUGGGCUCAUAGCCAUGCUGGCUCUCACUGUCCUCUUGCUGGCAGUGGGGCUAGCCACCCACCUGGGCACUGGUCGGCCCAGGCAGGGGGUGGGUGGGCGGCCUCUCCUUCCAACCUGGGCUUUCUGGGGCUGGAGCGCCCCCUCGGUCCGAGUGGUGUCUGCGCCCCUCAUCCUGGCCUGGAAUCCAGGAAGGAAGCUGUCCAGGUCUUUGGAAGGGGAAACACUGUCCCCACCAUUGCUGCAAAAUUCCUGAAGCUUGGCCUGCUUGCCGCGGUAGACAAGUACCUAGGACUCCUUUUUACUGAAAGGGAAGCAGUCUGGGCCAGAUGCCCUGCCAGGAAAGUGACAUGGACACGCGUGCUGGAGGCCUGGCGGCUGGACGGAGACAGACGGGGCUUUGUUGCUCCAGGAGCUGCUCCUACUGCCUCCAAAAAGUUGCCGUUACCUUCUGGGGGCCUGUCUGCUGACAUCAUGAGGAGCAUCUCUGAGGAACAGGAAGGACUCUGGCUGGAGCCUCCCAUCUCCCUAGUUGUCUGUGUGCCCAGAGGCGCCUGGGCCCCUGCUUGGAUGUCCCCUGCCUCUGUCCCCAGGCCCUUGGCCCAGGGGGAGAAGCCCCCACCUCUUCUCUUUCUUUGUACAGUUUCAGUUGCUUGCUCUUCCCCCUCCGGGGCAAGGGCGGAGGGAGGCCUCUCCUCCCCACCUUGGGGGACCACUCUCACAGUGGGUCCCCCACCAGAUCUGAAAGACGUUUGGGGAGAGGGAUGCCCAGGAACACCUCAUCUUGGCAAGCCCGGAUUGGCAUUGCAAGGUUGACUUUCUACAGGCAAUUUUGUACCUUUGUGGAGAAAUGUGUCACCUCCCCCCAACCCCAUUCACUCUUUUCUCCUGUUUUGUAAAAAAUAAAAAUAAACAAGAAUAACAAUAAUAAGGGGGAAAGGAAACAAAAGGAAAAAUCA